AUUAACAUAACCUCUUGUGCUCCAUAACCUGAAAGCAAUAAGGCCCAAAUAAAUCACCACGUGAGAAGUAGAAAAGGAGCGUCAGUGAACGCAUGUUGGUGAUCGAACUUUCGAUAAUAAACCGUUAAUGAAAGUAUCAAAAUGGGUAAAAAGUCGAAGAUUGGAAAGCAGCGGAAGGAUAAAUAUUAUCAGUUAGCCAAGGAGACAGGUUUCAGAUCUCGUGCGGCGUUCAAGUUGAUCCAACUCAAUCGUAAAUUCGAAUUCUUGCAAAAGUCUAGAGUAUGCAUAGAUCUCUGCGCUGCUCCGGGUGGUUGGAUGCAAGUCGCCCGGCAGAACAUGCCCGUGUCGUCAAUCGUCAUCGGCAUAGAUCUAUUUCCGAUAAAACCGAUACCCGGCUGUAUCAGCAUUACCGAAGACAUUACAACGGACAAAUGUCGUGUCGCCAUCUCCCGAGAGUUGAAAACGUGGAAGGCUGACGUUGUUCUCAACGACGGAGCCCCAAAUGUUGGUAAAAAUUGGCUGCACGAUGCCUAUCAGCAAACCUGCUUGACUCUGUCGGCUCUUAAAGUUGCCACACAAUUUCUCAGACCUGGAGGAUGGUUUGUCACUAAAGUCUUCAGGUCCAAGGAUUAUCAUCCGCUUGUCUGGGUCCUGAAACAACUAUUCAAGAAGGUACAUGCCACAAAGCCUCAGGCUUCGCGCAACGAGUCAGCAGAAAUAUUUGUCGUAUGUCAGUAUUACAUUGCACCGGAUAAGCUUGACCCUAAAUUUUUGGACCCCAAAUAUGUUUUCUCCGAACUGGAUGUCGAAUCCAAGAAUAAAUUGAACGUCUUUCAUCCAGAGAAGGCAAAAAAAGCCAAAGCUGAAGGAUAUGCUGAGAACGACUAUACACUCCAUCAUAAGAUGUCUGUUUCGGAUUUCAUAGCGAGAGAAAGCGGAAUUGAAGCAUUGCAAUAUGCUUCAGAAAUUUAUAUGGACGACGAGAGAAUAGCAUCUCAUCCAAAAACAACCAAGGAAAUAUUAGAAUGCUGCAAGGAUAUAAAAGUCUUGGGUAGGAAAGAAUUAAGGUCUCUGUUAGCUUGGUGGAAAUUGUUGAAGGAGGAAUUCUGUAAACCCGAAGAAGAUGCAGAAGCAUCGACUCUGAACAAAGAUGAAAGUACAGACCAGGUAAGGCCGCUGACCCUGGAUGAUGAAGAGGACAAAGCAGAUUUAGCGAUUGAAGAGGAAAUCUCGGAACUCAAGGCGGAAGAAUUGAGAGAAGCAAAAAGAAAACGAAAGAAGGCCAACAAAGAGAGACAAAAAUUGAACGAUCGAUUGAACUUGAAAAUGGUACACAAAGGAGACGAGGGGCCCAAGCUUGAAGGAGACGACAUGUUUGACUUGAAAGAAAUUAAAACACGCCAGCAUUUGAACACCGUCAUAGACCAAACACCUGACAUGGUCGCUGAAAGUGAACCAGAAUCUGACGACGAGAAUUUUCUGCCAAAAAAAUUAAGGUACGAAAAAGACACAGGGCACUUGGACAGCUCCGGGAAGUACUAUAAGACGGAAGAUAGUGAGCCUGAAGACACGGAUGCAGAUGAUUCGGACAGUGAUAAAUCCGGGCUAGGACUCAGUGAAUCUGACAACGAAACUCUUCAGGGUCAAUCUAGAAAGAGGGGACUCAGAGAAGACACUACCAGCAAUCCAUUGGUCACAGAUCUGGAUGGACGAGACAAAAUAUCUAAAAGAGCACAGAAAGCAGAGCUGUGGUAUGAAAGGGACAUAUUUAAAAAUUUAGAAAACGACGGAGACGCGGAUAUUGAACUUGACAAAAUGGCACAGCAAUUGAAGAAUAAAGGAGGAAGCAUACUUGGUGAGGCAAAGUUAAAUGCUAAGAAGCAAAAGAGUAAUGAGAACGCACGUAGUGAGGAUAGUGAUGAGGAAGUCAGCAGCGAUUCGGACGAUUCAGAUUACGACAUUGAGGAAGCGAUGGCUGAUGAUAAAAAACCUAAAAAAGUAAACGGGAAAGGCGGAUUUGAAAUUGUUAAAAAAGAGAAUCCAUUCACAAAGAAAAGUAAGAGAAAAUUAACGGACGAGGAUUUGGCACUGGGUUCGCUGCUGGUGCAGAGUAAAAAGGCUCGGAGGGAACUUGUGGACGCAGCAUGGAACCGUUACGCAUUCAACGACGAAAAACUACCCGAAUGGUUUAUCGAAGACGAAGAAAAACACAUGAAAAAGGAGGCGCCUGUUCCGAAAGAACUCGUAGACGAUUACAGAAAAAAAGUAGAAGACCUGAACGUCAGGCCGAUCAAAAAAGUGCUCGAAGCGAAGGCAAGGAAGAAGAAGAGGGCUGUGCGUAGGUUGGAAAAGGCAAAGAAAAAGGCGGAGUCACUGAUCGACAACGUGGAUCUUACUGAUGGCGAAAAAGCAAAACAAGUCAAAGCAUUAUACAGAAAGGCGCACAAGGAGCCGAAGAAGGAGGUGACAUACGUCGUUGCGAAGAAACACUCGAUGCAAAAGCGGGCGAUAAGACCGGCAGGGGUUAAAGGACAAUACAAAGUCGUCGAUCCUAGAAUGAAGAAAGAUUUGAGAGCUGCCAAAGCGAAAUCCAAGACCAAAGGUCGCGGUAAAAAAAGCAAAGGGGGAGGAAAGCCACCGAGAGGUAAACCCAAGGCGGCCAAAGCUAAGAAAGCUAAAUAACAGAUUAAUUCAGAUUCCCAUACGAACUGCGGCAUUCGAUUCCCGUAAAAAAUACGAAAUAUUUAUUUAAAAAAAAACACACACACACACGCACACGUAAUCAA